GGCUCCAGUCUGCAGCCGGCAGCCCUUGGGCAGCAGCCGCUGCUGCGGCAGGGGGUCCGGGACCGCCAGCCUCUGCCGCCGAGCUGGAGGGAGCCUGCUAGGGAGCGAUGCAGCUGCCUGGGGGCUCGGGCAGGAGGUGGCUCCGCGCUGGCAGGGGGGGUGCGGGCGGCCAGUGAUUUGGGGCACAGCAGAGGGGGACAGCGGGGCCCGCAGUUGCAGAGACGCCUGCAGAGACUGGUUCCCGCCGGCAUGGAUGGCGUGCCCCGUGGGCUACGGACUUGGGUUCGUCGGUAGGAAGCCUUUGUGCUAGCGGCAUCAGCAGGUAGCAUUCCCCGUAGAGCCGAGGCCUGGCAUUCAGAGAGAAGCCAUGACCGACGCCCCGGAGAGCACAACGGGCCGGAAGUCUCGCACACUCAAGCACAGGUUCCUCUGGAAGCUCCGCCAGAAGUGGAAACUCCUGGGCCUCUUUGAGAUCAACGGGGAGCACGAGUUUUAUGACCUGACCUGCAUGCUGAAGGUGGGGCUCAGGGCCGCCAUCCAAGAGGCCAUUGACAACCCGCCUGCGGAUGUCCUGAGCGACGCGGACUGCAAGGCCGUGCUGAAGCAGGCCCAUGAGGGCUUUGAGAUGCGUACGUACGGUGGCCCGGCCUUUGCUCACUUCAGGCACUCGAUGGGCAUAUCGGAGACGGAAUACCAGCUGUCCCUGUCCUCCCAGAGCUCCUACCUGCAGUUCAUCAGCAACUCCAAGAGCAAGGCUGACUUCUUCCUGACGAACAACAAAUGCUUCUUCCUGAAGACGCAGAGUAAGAGAGAGAUCCGGUUCCUCCUCUCCAACCUGCCCAAGUACAUCCAGCACCUUGAGAGAUACCCCCACUCCCUCCUCGUCAGGUUCCUGGGGGUUCACAGCAUCAUUGUGGCUCAGGAGAAGAAGAAAUACUUCAUCAUCAUGCAGAGCGUGUUCUACCCCGACGAAAGGAUCCUUGAACGGUACGACAUUAAAGGAUGUCAGGUGAAUCGCUGGACAGAGCCCGCCCCCGAGGGCAGCCAAGUCAUCGUGGUGCUGAAGGAUCUCAACUUUGAAGGAAAUUCCAUCCACCUGGGUCAGCAGCGUUCCUGGCUCCUACGCCAGGUGCAGCUGGACACGCAGUUCCUGAAGGAGCUGAAUGUGCUGGACUACAGCCUGCUGGUGGCAUUUCAGCCCCUGCAUGCAGACGAAAAGGGCCAGAACCUGUCCUUCGCGGACAUCAUCUUCAGGACCACCAUGUCCUUGAGCAAUCCCGAGAACUCCCUGCUCACCUCGGUGUCAGGGAUCGUGGGUGAAGAAUCUGACAUUCUGGUGUCUGAGAUGGUAGCGGGAGUCGACCUCUACCGCCUGCGGGAGCUAAACUCUGGGAUGGAGGACCUGAGCCUCCAAAGCAGCUCCAAGUCUGACAGUGAUCUGGCCCGCAUCCUGGCCCAGAACCGACGCUUGCUGCCCCGAUGCAAGAGCCCUCUGCACUUGCUUGACGGCCCGGAGUUCCGCUACUUCAUGGGCAUCAUUGACCUGUUCACCGUGUACAGCUUCCGCAAGAGGCUCGAGCACCUGUGGAAAUGCAUCCGGUACCGGGAUCAGACCUUCUCCACCGUCAGCCCCUCGGAUUACGCCAGGCGCCUCUGCCAGUGGGUGGAAUCACACACUGUAUGAGCGGGGCCCUGCCCCGGGGCUGACACGGAUGGCAGCUUCCCAGACAGCCCCACUCCCAGGCUGGGAGGGUUCCAGGCCCACAGACAGUGCUGCAAGCUGCCUGCUGCUGAUCUAUUGCACCACCAGGGGGCAGGCUCACGGCAGCGGCGCUGCUGUGUUACAGGGAUGCUGCGGAAGGAACAUUCCCGGCAUCCUGAGAACAGGUUUAUGGCAUCCGAACUCAAGAGUCGGAGGGGCCGUGGUCAUGCGGGCAGCAGCUGUCCUGCAGCGCGCUGUGGGGAUGGGGGUCAGUGUAGGUACCGCAAGUGUCCAAGGAACCUAGUAAAUGGGGAAUCUGUGAACCAGCUGCCAGUUUGCAUUGCUCCGGCGUGGGGUGUCUCUGGGUGCGCCGGUUUGCAUCUUGGGUGGUGAAAUAGCCCCACCAAAAUCCAUUCAUGGUCCCCGGAUCCCCUCUUGGGACAAGGGUGUGACAGGAGGUGUGGACGGACGGAAAGGGACGGCCUGAUCUCCCCCGACUGCCGGUGCCAUUUCGCUCCCAUAUGAACCCUACCAAGGGCCGCUGGAGCAGAACCCCAUCUCCAUCUUCAGAAGGCACCUGCUGACCCAGAAGCAUGCUGGGAAGCUAAUGACAGACUCAGCAGCUGGUUCCAGUUUGUGCAGUGAAGUAGCAGGUAGGGUAGGCAGAACCUUCAUCCUCAUCCUAGCCCCAUCAGUCCUCUGCCUUGAGCACCCUGAUUCCACUACCCCCGUGCUGGACUGCCCGUGAUCAAGGGCUAGCUCCUGAAAACCUGCCCUCCCUGCUCUCCGCAGCCACUGUCCUAGUGCUGGAUUGGUUUUGAUCGAGGGCUACACUCCCUGACUAAGAGCCGGGCGUCACAGCAAAGCUGCGCUCUCCCUGUGGUAGCUUGUCUGGGUGUAGGGAUGUCAGGAGGCUGUCUAGCAUUACCACAGCCCUCGGCCAGGAAAGUUUGGGGCCCUGAGAAUGCUCUUUGAAGGGUGACUCUCCAGCUCGGCUUCUUGUGAGCCCCCCGUUGAAUCAGUGCAGCUGUUGUGAUGGGUGUGCAUUAACUGUGGCGAGCUGCUGUUUGUGUGUGGCCAUGCUGACUCCCUGUAGCCUCACGGCAGGAAUCAGAAAGCCCAUCCAGCCGCUGCUGAGUCCGGUGUUGGCAAUGCUGAUUGAGGGAAGAAACCACUGGGCUUGCCCCACCUGCAGGGGAAAACACGGUGGUUUUUAAAACAAAAAACAAAAAACACACACCUUUGGCCUGAGAGACCUCCGAGCCCAACCAGAGACGUGUUGGGGGGUCAGUGAAAAGGAAACGAAUAAGUGGCGGGGGGGUCUCUUAAUAAAAACAAAUCAUUUUAAAGCAGGGAUUCCUUCCUGCAGUCACCCAAGAGGAUGCAGCUUCCUGGUCUUGUCCAACAAGGAAAUUCCAUAUUUGAACAUUGACACCUGCCACAAUGCCAAAAAAAAAAAAAAAAAGUCCAAAGAGCAACUGCAUGAAAGAGACAAGGGGGCGGGGAAGGGGCAGCAUAGUCUAGCAUGGCGCCAAGAGUCAGGACUCCUGGUUUUAUCCCUGGCACUGACUUUGGGCUAAAUCACAUCUUGCUGUGCCUCAGUUUCACCAUCUGCAGCAUAGGGAUAAACAUAUUCAUCUGCCUUACCGUGGGUGAGGUGAGGCUUCAUUCAUGUCAGCAAACGCUUUCAGCUCCUGGGAUUAAAGGCGUGACAUAAGGGCUUGUCUACACACACAAAUUACAUCAAUUGAACUUGAAUCACUUUAUCUGUAUUAUGGGUAACACCUAGGAGCCCUCAUGAACCAGGACCCCACUGGGUCAGGAGCUGUACAAACACAGAAUAAAAAGAUGGUCCCAUCCCCAAAGAGCUUAUCAUUCUGAUGCAUCUUUGUAUUUGAACACACUUAUAUUGCAUCUGGUUUGUAGCACUUUAUAAGUGGCAUAAUCCAGUUUAUAGCCUGUGGCACAACCUAAACUGCUAUAAACCAGGUUUAAACCAAUAUAAGGGGCACAAAGUUGCACCAGUUUAACCAAAGUGCUAUCAAAUCGCACCUCUUGUUUUAUAUGUACAACUUUGUAUAAUACAGGCUUGAGUGCAAAGGAUUAUCCUUUUUCCUUAAGUGAUGAUUUUAGGCAAUGGAAAGAGGAUAUGUGUGGGUGUGAGCGUGGGCAUGGGGUGUGGUUUGAGAUCCUCAUUUGAUCAGAUGAUGCAUCCAUUGGGUGCAGAUGAGCUGUGUAUUAAUUAUUGUCAUCUCCCCUGUGUUUCCUGAACUGCUCUUCACAUUGCAAAUUCUGAAGGCAACUCAGGGAGCAAAAGAAACAAAACAAACAUAUCAGAGACUCUGUCUUCUGAUAACUGCUCCGGGCUACUGCAGAUGACUGGAGCAAGGAGCCAUGACAAAGUCAAAUCUUCCACCACGACGUGCCUAAUUCUGUCUAGAAAGAAAGAAGAACCUGAACUGGCUUUCAAGCAACCUUAUGGACUUAGUAGAUUUUUAAGAUCCCCUCCAGAGAGUCACUGCCUUUCAAAAAUGAUUUAAAUGAAUGAAAUUAGCUGGUUAGGGCUCAAUCUUAUCUUUUUACGUGCCCCAAAAUCCAGCUGGAGUCAGUGGACCAUCUUGUGGGACAUCUCAGACAAGCUAGCAAUGGGGAAGAUGGUCUUGUGGUUAUGGCCCAGGACUGAACUGUGACAGACCUACUGCAAACUUUCCUGUACACCUUGGGUAAAUCAUUUUGCCUCUCUGGGCCUCAGUUUCCCCAGCUGCAAUAUGGGGACAAUAAUAACCCACCUACUUCACAGACACAGAGUGAAGCUAAUGUCAUUGGGCCAGUGGUGAAUUUGACCUAUGAACGUUUAUGCAGCAUUGUGAUGUCCUCGCAUGGAAAGCCCUAGAGAAAAAACAAGUUUGAUUAGAAAAUGUACCAGGGUGCAAUACUUCUGGUCCUGUGGGACCAGGCUAGAGGACCUAACAGGGCUUUCCCACCUCUAAUUCCAAUGGGCCCAGAGCAUUUUUAAACCCAUUUUGACAGAGAAGCGUAAUACUGUUAUCUGGUUCCACAAGGGAACAAUAACUCCUGGCUUUUAGUCCCCUCUGGCUGUGCCUCUGGGCUAAGUGAGGCUGAAUGCUCCUGACAUUCACAAAUACUUUCUCACCAGCUCCCAGCGCCCCGCCCGCACAGAUAAAGGCUGACAGGGCUGCCCAAGCAUUGACCAAGUAGAUGUUAAUUUCUGA